AAAAGUGACUCUGAGACUCACAGGGAGACAACAGGAAAAACUAACUUCUAUUUUAAAAUCCUGCGUCUGAAACCUACGGAAAAUGUGCAGAGGAUUAGCUGCCUUACCCCAGACCUGCCGGGAGAGGGCCAAGGAGAUCAAGUCGAAGUUGGGAGUUCUGCUGCAGAAGCCGGAGAAUGCCAUCGACCUCAUCAUCCAGUACCCGGAGAAGCCGGAGAAGAAGCCGGAGAAGCUGCAGAAGCCUGCUCCGGAGGAGGCGGCUCAGUGGCGCGAGUGUCUGGACCGAGUCCUGACCAACAACUACGGCCUGGCUGCUUUCCGAAGCUUCCUUCAGUCCGAGUUCAGCGAGGAGAACAUCGAGUUCUGGACGGCCUGCGAGGACUUCAAGAAGACCAAGAGCCCAGCCAAGAUGGCCGCCAAGGCCAAGAAGAUCUACGAAGACUUCAUCCAGUCCGAGGGACCCAGAGAGGUGAACAUUGACCACUUCACCAAGGACGUGACCCUGAGGAACCUGGUGGACCUCUCCCCCGCGACCUUCGACCUGGCCCAGAAGAGGAUCCACGCCCUGAUGGAGAAGGACUCCUUCGGCCGGUUCCUCCGCUCCGACCAGUACCAGGAGCUCCUGGUCAACUAAGCAGGAGGCUGAAGAGUGGGUGGGGGGGUGGGGAGGUUUCAAACAGCAGUGACUCAAAUGUUUUGGAAAUUAAUUCUAUAUAUUUUCUUUAAUCUGAAUAUUUCGAAUAAACCACCGUUGUGUUUGAGUGCAUGAGAACCAAAGACUUUUAUUUUACAAACAAACUAAAAGGUGAAAAACCGUAUAUUUCAAAUUAUAUGUUUUGAAACUGAGCUAAAAGGGCCGACUGCCAUUUGAAAUAUCCACCUCCCCAUCCAACACACACACACAUACACACACACACAAACACACACACACAAGAAAAUACAGAAAACUGAAAAUUAUAUCUUUUAUCUUUUUAUUUAAAUGAGAAAAGGCCAGAAAAACAUAAAACAAUAUAUUUCCAACAAAUUCCAAAUUUCUUUCUGGGGGCGGGAAAGCAGUGCGUCCCCAGAUAUCAGCUGAUCCCCCCCGAAACACACAAAUGUUUACUUGUGACUGAAUAGAAACCAUUCAGCAGCUUUAUUACAUAUAAAUUAAUAUGAAAAAGAUUAAGAAAUAUUCUAUUAUUCUGCAGCAAAACCAGGCUUCCCUUGUUGAAGACUGAUAUCAGCGUGACUGUUAAGAGCCUCGUGCUUUUCUCAAGAACUCCAGAAGCAGAGUCAAGUGCCACGGACGGAAAUUAUCUCCAACUAAAAUAAAUGGGAAACUCAAAGUCGGGAGUCAUUUAUUGUAAACCAGCAGAUUCCCUGAAUAAAUUCCAGCUAGGACCAAAUAUUUUGUCAUUUUAAUAAACCAACAGCGUCCCGGAAUAUUCGCUGCAUGACUAACGAGCCCUGCUGGCGGCGCGGCGCCCUGAGAGAGCGUUCCCUGAGAACAGUGAGGACGAGUCGGCUCGGCGGGUCGAGCUCUAGGCCGCCACUUAACUGCAAGUCGCUAAGAUGGGAACAUGGAGUGGGAGGGGAUCUCAGAAGGACACGUGAGCAGAGCUGUGGUUUAUACAGAGAAAGGUCUUUUUCCCAUGUGGUGCAUCGAACUGUACGUGUCCGUGCCAAAUAUGAAUUCCUCAGCAGAGCGCAAACCUCCGCCGAGGCCCAACUGUCUCCUCUGAUCCAAUCAAACUCAAUCAAACUGCCUGAAUAAGCAUGUUUAUUAUGAUUAUUAUUAUUAUUAUUAUUACAGCAACACUGGAUGUUGAAUAUGUCACUCACACACAAAUAUGUGCAACACUUCCUGUACCUGUUUCAAAUUAAAAGCACUUUUAGGUUUUUCUGUUGAAUUCGUUCAUUUGUUUUCACCUUUUUUAUUGUUAUUGCUCUGAACAAGAAAUGUGAUCAGAUCGAGCAUCCAGCCAAAUUUAACGAGCUCCUUCUUGGCCCUUGUUCCAUCCUUUCACCCAGUUUAAUGGAAAUGUGUAGUCGGCAAAAGAACCAACUAAAUCCACGACCUUGGCGGAGGUCAAAUCAGCCGUCGACCUGGUUAACGAGUACAAAACAAAACGUGGGAAACAGAACUUGCAGGUUUGGGCGCCGCACUCCGACAGUUAAGGUUUAAUCUGAGCUUGUUUUAUUUAAAGUCACUUUAUUAAUCACAAAGGAAAGUUUAGGGAUGCUGACCAGUACAAAAAAUAAUCACACGUUAUAAUAAAUCCAGUUUUUUAUAUAUUUUCAUUUUAUUUCACAACCGUCAACACUUCACAACAACCACACGUUAUAACCCACGAGUGUAAACUGUCACUAAACACUGAUCUCCACCGAGCUGAGGCCGAUGUGAUGGAGGAGCUGGAGCUUGUGAGCGAUGAUGAAAAGUUAAAUAAAUACACACUUUAAGUUCAUGAUGAUAUAUUUACUCUGUUAAUGCUUUGAUCUUCUACAUUAAAUGAACAUUAUAUCGAUACUCAGCAUUUUUUAAAGCUCUUAUUGUUGCAAUGACUACAAAUAAUCCAAGGAUUUAAAGCGUCACAGAUCGGGGGGGUGAUGUUUUUUUUUAGAUUAUCUUAAAGUUAAAUUAUCUUUAAACUGCAUUGAGGGUUUCCUGAGACACAGAUUAACCAGUCUGGUGUCUUCACCCUCGCAUGCAUCAGAACCACAGUCGAUACCAAUAAGGGCUUUAACAGUGCUGAGUACAUAUUGUCCCAUGUAGCCUCACAUGUAUGUUUUGGAGUCGCCCACAUAAAAAAAUAUAUAUGCAUACAACUCCUGAAGAUGUAUUUAUUUUUGCGUGUAAAUGUCGACUCUCUGAAUGCAGCUGGAGCGGAGUCUGAUCUCUGGUAUAAAGGAGGAAACAUCA